AUGCAAAAUUUGUUUGACUUGUACUUGUUUGAAAACAACCUCUUUGGUCUAAUACCUGAAACAAUUGGAAACUUGCAUCUUUUGGCUUAUCUAGACUUCCAAAACAACAACUUCUUUGGUCCAAUACCACAAUCAACUGGAAACCUCACUGGCCUUACUGAUCUACUGCUUUCUAAUAAUAAUCUCACUGGGAUGUUGCCACCUCAAAUAGGAAACUUAUUGAAUUUGGUUGUUCUAGACUUGUCAAGAAACAACUUUUAUGGUCCAAUACCUCAAAUAUUUGGAAACCUCACACAACUUGAAGUCCUACGCCUUUCCACAAACAAUUUCACUGAUUUGCACCGGAAUCAAUUUCAUGGGCCAAUCCCAACACAAUUUAAAGUUUGUAACUCCUUGAGCAGACUUAGUUUGUAUGAUAACCAAUUAGAGGGUGCACUGCCACGAUCUUUAAUCAAUUGUAAAAAGUUAAAAGUUCUUGAUCUUGGACACAACAAUUUGAGUGGUACAUUUCCAAUGUGGUUAAGAGUUCUUCCAAAUCUAAAGGUUCUUAGCUUGAGAUUUAAUCGGCUGAAUGGUUCCAUCCGAAAUAGGAGGAAUAAAGGGUAUUUGUUUCCUCAACUUCGUGUCUUCGACCUCUCUCACAAUGGAUUCACAGGGGAGUUACCCACGUGGUUUUUCAAGAAUUUUAAAGCCAUGGCAAAUGUUGAUGAAGAUAAAUCACAAAUGUACCUUGGUUUGAACAAUAACGGUAAAUACAUUUUAUCUCCCUUUUACUAUGAAGAUUCAUUGAUUGUGACUGUGAAGGGGCAAGAACGUGAACUUGUAAGAGUAUUUAGCAUGUUUAUUACCAUUGAUCUCUCAAACAACAAAUUUGAAGGGCAUAUUCCAAAUGGCAUUGCAGAUCUUCUUGCAUUACGUGAAUUAAAUUUAUCACGUAACAAGUUCACUGGGCACAUUCCAACGUGUCUUGGAAAUUUAUCCAUGUUGGAAUCUUUAGACCUUUCUUUGAACCAAAUUGGUGGAGUUAUCCCUGAGCAAUUGGCAAGAAGUACAACUCUGGAAGUGUUGAAUCUCUCACAUAAUAAGCUUGUGGGAUGCAUACCUCAAGGUCCACAAUUCAAUACAUUUGAAGCAAAUUCAUACCAAGGAAAUGAUGGUUUGAAAGGAAAGCCUUUGUCACAAAGUUGUGGGGAUGGAGUGAUACCACAACUUCCUGCACCAAAGAAUUUUUAUAAAGAAGAUGAUUUGAGUUUUUUGAGCGGAUGCACAAUAAAAGUUGUGGCAAUGGGAUACGGUUGUGGUAUUCUUUUUGGAUCAUUCAUGGGAAGUCUCAUGAUCCUGACUGGAAAGCCAGAAUUCAUUGCAAUGUUUAUUGAAGAAGAAGCAUACAAACUAGCAAUGAAGGUCAAACGAAGAAAUCAAAGACAAGAAGAAGAAGAAACUAGCUAUCUUUGCAUGUCAAUGAAAACGCCGGAGGUUUCGAAAACCAGUCCAGCGUUUUCUGCUCGGAAACUGGUUUUCGACUGGUGUAAAACCAGUUGGUCGGACUGGUUUGCAAAACCAGUCGGUCUACUGGUUGUCUGGUUUGCGAAACCAGUACCAGUUGAAACCAGUAAAUCCACUGGUUUCACAAACCAGUGGAUUUACUGGUUUUGA